AACACCCGAAAAACAUUGUUUCAUUCAUGAAAGAAUACCUUCAGUACGUUCAUCUCAAUAAGAAAAGGAAAAUUUUGCACAUUUGUAGUCAAUUAUUCAUAUCAGAUGGUUCUGAGAGGGGAUCCCAAGAACUUGAAAGAAGAUACGUGAAGCAUUGCUUGUGUAGAUUCUUUAUGUGAUUGUUAGAGAAAUAUAGUACCCCUUGUUGGCUUUCUUGGAAAAAGCAUACAUCCUUCCUGUUGCCUUUUCAGCUGCAUCCAUAGCAUGCCCAACUAAAAAAACACACAUGCUUCACAUCCUCUUUUGAUCCUACACUUGGCAACAGGUUCCAAACCACUAUAAAUAGAGGCCUGUGCUCAACCAAUGCCCAAUAAGCAGCUCGCGGCACAUCCUUGAGUGCAUUAGCUUGCUGCAUUCAGUCAGAGCAUUUGUUCUGCAGAAUACAAAUACCUGUCCCUCCAACCAUGUCUAGGUCUGUCGAGGCACUCGUAGUCGGUCGGGUGAUUGGUGAAGUCCUCGACUCCUUUAAUCCAUGUGUGAAGAUGACAGUGACCUACAACUCAAACAAACUUGUCUUCAAUGGCCACGAGAUAUACCCAUCAGCAGUUGUAUCUAAACCAAGAGUAGAGGUUCAAGGGGGUGACUUGCGGUCUUUCUUUACAUUGGUUAUGACAGACCCAGAUGUCCCAGGACCAAGUGAUCCAUAUCAAAGAGAGCACCUUCACUGGAUCGUGACCGAUAUACCUGGGACAACAGAUGCCUCGUUUGGGCGAGAGGUCAUAAGCUACGAGAGCCCAAGACCUAGCAUUGGUAUCCACAGGUUCAUUUUUGUGCUCUUCAAGCAGAAGCGCAGGCAAACUGUAACUGUGCCAUCCUUCAGGGAUCAUUUCAACACCAAGCAGUUUGCUGAGGAAAAUGACCUUGGCCUCCCUGUAGCUGCUGUCUACUUCAAUGCUCAGAGAGAAACAGCUGCUAGGAGGCGCUGAAAGUUCUAGAUCCCACUGUCCACAUUAUGAUAAAUAAGCGCCUUCAGAUCCUCUUACUACAAAAUCAAUGAUCCAUGAAUGAUCCGGAUGCAUUUUGCAAAUUGUAUCAGUACUAGAUUGUUUUGCAAGUGUUAAGAUUGAGUCAUGAAUGAUCCAUGCUUAUAGUAAAA